AUGAGCUUUGGAAGUCCCGGCGGCCGCGCUCUUAACAUCAAACCCACCCCACCAGAGCGCGGGAGCUUCCCACUCGAUCACGAUGGGGAGUGCAAGUCGAUAAUAGCAGGUUAUCUCCAAUGUUUAAAGUCAGCGAGUGGUGUGAACGAUGAAGCAUGCCGAAAGCUCGCAAAGAGCUACCUAAGCUGUCGAAUGGACAAGAAUCUUAUGGCGCCGGACGAGUUCAAGAAUCUGGGACUAGUCUUUGAGAGCGACGAAAAGAAAAGCGAACCGGCCGCGAAUCCAUCCUCGGACAAACCGCCCUUGAAUAGUAAUAAAUGA